AUGGCCUCCCUGCUUCGACGGCCAGGCAAUAUUGCCCGGUACUCGAGGAGAGUCGCCGACAGCGUCUUCCGCGCCGGGCCGUUAGCGGUGCAUGCCCCCCAAUCCCGAGUUUCCGCGCUGGUCCUCGCGCAACGAGCGCGCACAUAUUCCACGCAAACGCCCGGCGACGACGGCUCGAAGCCUCCGCAGAACGACAAGACCAACGGGUCUAACCAGAAGCAGGCCGCGAAUGGCCGGUCUGGCGAUGGCAAUCAGAGCUUGCCCGACUAUCUGAUCACACCGAAGGACUCACAGCUACUCGACAAGUACAUGGGAAUCAUAGAGGAACGGAUGGGAAAACACGGCCCUUUGGAGUCGUUUAAAGAUGUGUUGGGGGAAAUUAAAGAGGUCUGUCGGGUUUGCGGGUUGAAUCCAACUCUCCGAUCCUACAUGCAGGAUACCGUGGACGGGAAGGAUCCGUCAAUGGUAGAUUUUUUGAAGUUCGCCAAGGACGUGAAAAAGCUUUCCUCGAUGCAUGAUAGCUAUUUAAGGCUGAAAGCGCAAAGGAAAUCGAACUCGGCCAUUGAUGAUCACCAAGGCGGGGUUCGGGAAGACAAGCAGGCUGCAGGCUUCUAUAAGCCCGAGGCAGGAAAGGCCCAGGAAAAUGCCCAGGACCAACCAAACGGCCGCAAGACCGACUCGAAGGCACAGAAGCAGAAAAAUGACCAAGGACAACAGAAAGACGGCAAAGGACAGCAACCCAACGGACAGCCACCCAACAUCAACGACUUGAAGCUCGAUCUUCCGUCGACUAUAAUCGGCUCUCUCAUCUUCUUCUGGCUGUGGCGAAGCAUGUUCCCCGAAGACAAUAAAAAGGACAUCACUUGGCAGGAGUUCAGAGCGGAUUUCCUUGACAAGGGCUUGGUGGAGAAGCUGGUUGUGAUCAACAACAACCGAGUGCGGAUUUAUCUGAACCGUGAGGCGGUCGCCAGCGUUUAUCCCGGAUCACCUGCCACGUCUCCUACCUUCUUCUAUUACUUCACCAUUGGCUCUGUCGACAGCUUCGAGCGGAAACUUGAUAUGGCACAAGCAGAACUCGGAAUUCCGAGCGCGGAGCGUAUCCCUGUUCAAUAUACUGAUGAGUUCCCACUGUUCUCUGCUCUUCUGUCCUUUGGCCCUACGCUCCUUUUCCUCGGCGGUAUCUACUUCCUCUCGAGACGUGCAGGCGGCGGAGCUGGCCAGAGCGGGAUCUUUGGCAUUGGCAAAAGUCGUGCUAAACGCUUCAACCACGAGUCGGAUGUUAAGAUCAAGUUCUCUGAUGUGGCUGGUAUGGACGAAGCUAAAGUGGAGAUCAUGGAGUUCGUCAGUUUCCUGAAGAACCCCAAGAGGUUCCAGAGACUGGGAGCCAAGAUCCCUCGCGGUGCUAUCCUGUCGGGUCCUCCCGGUACCGGUAAGACUCUGCUUGCUAAGGCUACCGCCGGUGAGUCCGGUGUCCCCUUUUUCAGCGUCAGUGGCUCUGAAUUUGUCGAAAUGUUUGUUGGUGUCGGCGCUUCCCGUGUGCGCGACCUCUUCGCCAAUGCCCGCAAAAACACUCCCUGCAUCAUUUUCAUUGAUGAGAUUGACGCUAUUGGUAAAUCGAGAUCCAAGAACCAGAUGGGUGGUGGAAAUGAUGAGCGCGAGAGCACUCUGAACCAGAUUCUCACCGAGAUGGAUGGUUUCAAUACCUCCGAACAAGUGGUUGUCUUGGCUGGUACGAACCGACCCGACAUUCUCGACAAGGCUUUGAUGCGUCCCGGUCGAUUCGACCGGCAUAUCUCCAUUGAUAGGCCUACCAUGGAUGGCCGCAAGCAAAUUUUCGCCGUUUACCUGAAGAGAAUUGUGACCAAGGAGGAUAUCGAGUACCUGAAGGGUCGACUUGCUGCCUUGACCCCCGGAUUUGCUGGUGCCGAUAUUGCCAACUGCGUGAACGAGGCGGCACUCGUUGCGGCUCGUGACAAUGCGGAUAGCAUCACCAUGAACCACUUCGAGCGGGCGAUCGAGCGUGUAAUUGGUGGCUUGGAGAAGAAAUCGCUAGUACUAUCUCCCGAGGAGAAGCGGACGGUUGCAUACCAUGAGGCUGGCCACGCUAUCUGUGGCUGGUACUUCCGUUGGGCAGAUCCUCUUCUGAAGGUUUCUAUCAUCCCCCGUGGCCAAGGAGCUUUAGGCUACGCACAGUACCUGCCCUCCAACGGCGACACCUACCUAAUGACACAGAGGCAAAUGAUGGACCGCAUGGCUAUGACGCUGGGUGGCCGUGUCAGCGAGGAGAUGCACUUCGAUACCGUCACAAGUGGCGCCAGUGAUGACUUUAACAAGGUUACCCGGAUGGCCUCGGCCAUGGUGACCAAGUUUGGCAUGUCUCCUACGCUUCGUUAUAUUCACUACGAGGAGGAUCCUCAAUCGCAGAUGCACAAGCCUUUCUCCGAACAUACAGCGAAAACUAUUGAUACGGAGGUGCAGCGUAUCAUCAGCCAGGCUCAUCAGCAAUGCCGCGAUCUCCUCGAGGCGAAGAAGAAGGAAGUCGGCAUUGUGGCCGAGGAACUUCUUAGUAAAGAAGUUCUGAGUCGAGACGAUAUGAUCCGUCUCUUGGGACCCCGGGAAUGGCCUGAAUCUGGCGAAUUCGCCAAGUACUUCGACGGUCGCCAAGGCGCCACGAUUGCUCCCCCGGAACCGACAGAGACAGACAGCACCCAAGGCAAGGAUGGACGCGACUCCACGCCAAUUCCCCCAUCGUCAUAG